AGGGGGCAGAAGUGCACUCACACCAGCACCAACAUGGACGCCGCAGCGGAAGGAGCGAGAGCAGUGUUUACGUGUGAAUUCUGUGAGUUAUCCUGUCCUUACAGCUUCUACGGCAGAAAACCACCGAAUACCCAAGGCAUCGGGCUUUUGGAAGACUGCUAUGGCAUGCGUGAUCCCUUCUCUCCAGACAAGGAAAAAUUCCUUAUAUUGGGCUCCAAUUGCAGUUUGUGUAACAAGACAGUUUGUGUUGGCACGGACUGCAGCAUCUUCUACACUAAACGAUUCUGCUUACGUUGUGUAAGGGAAAACUUGGAGCAGUUUCCAGAACAGAUUCAAACAGAAAUAUCAAAGAAAAAAACAGCUCAGAAAAGUUAACAUCGAGCAGACACUCGAAUAUGCUUGGGACAGAAGACGUUUUGGACAUUUUUGUCAAAGCUGCUGAAAAGGGAAUCAUUAUUGCCCGAAUUGUAACCCUACAUUUCCAUUGAAGAUGCCCCAGGGACUUACAGUAUGCUUGAGCAGCAUUUAGAACACACUUGAAAUUCAUAUAUUACUUCUGUGGACAUUUGGAUGUACAAGGAACAAAAGGAAUGAGGAUUGGCAGUGCAAGAAACAUGGAAUUACAAGCACUGAGACUAUGGGAAUAUAAAGUGGAGGAUGCUUUAAAACCAACCAUUACUAAGAGACUGCUGUCAAAUAACCUGUAUACUGUAUAUAGUAUUAAAAUUGAUAUUUAAAAUU